AUGCAGCAGGCCCAGCAAACCGUCCAAUGGCAGUAUGACUUCAGUCGGCAGGAUUACUACUAUUUCGAUCCUACCGAUAAUUGUUAUGUUUACCAGAACCUUGGGCGCGUGUACCCUGAGCAAUACAACAAUGCUCAGGGCGUUCUGACAAGUGUCGAGGGUGGGCCGGCAGAACAGAUGACAGAGCCUCGAGCUCUACAGUCAGGAAUCAGAGCCCACAGACGGGUGCGCGGAGGGGCAGGCGACGCCGAAAGACUUGAUCCACGAUUUGUAAAGCACACCCCGGGAAGAGACUUCUACAAAGUUGGCAAGGUUUUCAAGGUUCUCUGGCCAGAACCGGCGGGAAACGCACAUGCAGGCGCGACUUUUGUGACUGGAGCAUUCAAUGAGCCAAUUUACAACAAGAUCCGUUGGUUCGUGGUUAUUCGGGAAGGCCGAGACUGCUGCACUUGCCUGUCGAUCCAGACGUACAACAGGCAAGGGGUAGCCAAGCCAGGGGUGGACAAGACUGAGCAUUCCAUCAUGUACACUGGACCCCGUCCACCGCAGAUUCCCGAAUGGGAGGACCCGUACGGGGAGAUGCUACAAGCGAUUCCGGUCGUUGCCACGGAUCCAACACAAGCCAAGAUGGAUGUCAUGUCCCGGCUCAACUAUGCAAAACCAUACACUGUCGAGCACAACGUCAAGUCGCUCGAUUUCGGAGACGUUGCUCCAGGUUGGACAGACUACCUUCGCCAAAACUUCCUUUCCGUCCUACAACGAGACACGACUGAGGACGGCGGAGAUGACUCAGGUGGUAAUGGGCAAUACCACCAAGGAUGA